GCCUGAUCGCGCUAACCCAGAGGAGGUGGAGCCGACUGAGCCAAGAUCAGGGUGCAGGUGUAGGCUUCCCUAACGGACGAGAGCAGCAGCUGUUCAUGCUGGGUGCAUUGUGAACUCUGGUGAUAAUUAGCCUAAAAGAGCUUUAGUGGUACGUGCUCGAACCAAAAGAAGAAAGAAAAUGGCUUGUGCUGAAUAUUCUUUACAUGUGCCAAGUCUAGAGGAGCUUGUUGGAGUUCUGCAGAAGGGGCUAAAGGAGAACUUUGCUGAUGUCCAGGUCUCUGUAGUUGAUUGCCCUGAUUUGACUAAGGAGCCAUUUACCUUUCCUGUAAGAGGCAUCUGUGGGAAAACUAGAAUUGCAGAAGUAGGAGGUGUCCCUUACUUAAUGCCUCUUGUAAAUAAAACAAAAGUUUAUGAUCUAAAUAAGAUUGCAAAAGAAAUCAAGCUUCCUGGAGCUUUUAUUCUUGGAGCCGGGGCAGGCCCAUUUCAGACUCUUGGGUUCAAUUCUGAGUUUAUGCCAGUUAUUCAAACAGAAGGUGAACAUAAACCCCCUGUGAAUGGAAGUUACUUUGCCCGUAUUAACCCUGCAGAUGGAGGGUGUCUGCUAGAGAAAUACAGUGAGAAAUAUCAUGAUUUUGGGUGUGCCUUAAUGGCUAAUCUUUUUGCCAGUAAGGGCCAACCUGGAAAGGUCAUUGAGGUGAAAGCCAAAAGAAGAACUGGAAAACUUAACUUUGUGACUUGUAUGAGACAGACUCUUGAAAAACAUUAUGGAGAUAAGCCUGUAGGGAUGGGAGGUACUUUCCUAGUUCAGAAGGGAAAAGUGAAGACUCACAUUAUGCCUGCAGAAUUUUCUUCCUGCCCAUUGAACUCUGAUGAAGAGGUGAAUAAAUGGUUGCAUUUUUAUGAGAUGAAGGCUCCUUUGGUUUGUCUGCCAGUUUUUGUCUCCAGAGACCCAGGGUUCGAUUUGCGAUUGGAGCACACUCAUUUUUUCAGUCAUCAUGGAGAAGGUGGACACUACCAUUAUGACACUACCCCUGAUAUAGUGGAGUAUCUUGGAUACUUCUUACCUGCAGAGUUUCUCUAUCGCAUUGAUCAACCAAAAGAGACCCAUUCAUUUGGGCGAGAUUAAAUCAACUGAUACUCAUUUAGAAAAAGAAAUAAUUAACUAAGGUUUAUUAAUUAACUCAUUAAUUGAUACUAAUAUAAAAUCCAAUAGAAGUGAUCUCACUACUUAAACCCUAUAUUUUUGGCCUUUGAAAUGAAAGGUUGUUGACGUUGUACUCUGUAUUAUUUCAUAGAUCUAUCUGAAAGAGAUGAUUGGGAACAAAGAUACAUAAUGGAGAUGUUCUUCAUUAUUCUUUUAUCCUAAAAACCAGUCUUAUGUUUAUACCUUAUAUAUAAACAUGAUCAGGAAUCAUGUGAUUAUUCCUACUGUUUAAUAGUAAUAACUUACAUUUGUAUAACAUUAUUAAAUUUUUCAAAUUAGUCUCACAACUGCAAAGUGGAUGUCU